AUGCGGUCCUCCACGGCAUUUCUGGCCGUUGUGUUAGGCGUCCAGCUGGUUGCUGGCCUUCCAAUCAUUGGCGGGCCUCAGCCAAUCUCUGCCCUGAUAGUGAAACGUGAGCCCUCCGAGAAAGGUUCUCUGACGGCAGACUGGUUGGAGAAGCGCGAACCUUCUGAGGCGGGCUCAUUGACUGCGGACUGGCUGGAAAAGCGUGAACCCUCGGCGAAAGGUUCGUUGACGGCAGAUUGGCUAGAAAAGAGAGAGCCCUCCGAGACGGGGUCUUUGACGGCAGACUGGCUUGAAAAGCGUGACCCUUCCGAAAAGGGCGCUCGGACCGCAGACUGGCUGGAGUGA